AUGCGUGUGGGAACCUUGUAUCAAGACAACUACGAUGGCCAAUACUUCUGUAUCGGACACAUGCCAGGUUACCAAGGACCGUUCCGUAGCGAGCCGGCCAAUCCACCACAACGACCUACUUUACCGUCAACAGGGCGUUCGAUGGUCUCGCAGAUUUCCAUGCCUACACCAUAUCUUUCAGAUAUACAGUCAGGAACUUCAAUGCCGCUGCCACCAUCGCAUGCGUCACACCAGCCCCGAACAGUAACAACUAGGCGCAGACAGGCUCUUGGUACGAACCGAAGCCAGGAUAUAUCCGCUUCUAAUGUCCUUACACCCCAUGCUACACUCCCGAGAGUGGUCUCUCGACGUUCGAACCGCACUCCAUCCAUUGCCACACAGCCUCAAGGUCUUGUUGCACGCAUCGCAAGCGCUAUCUCGUCCCUGUCUACGAUUCUUUUGUCUCCCGAAAACGAUCUGUCUCCUUCUCUUACCGACAUAGUCCCUACAAAUUCAGACACUCCAGCAGUGGCGCCAGCAGCACCGCACUCAACAUUCCGAGUCGACUUGAAUGUCUUCUCAACUGUUGUAGAUACUGAAUGUUGCAUAUGUUUGGAACCGCAAAGAAGUAUGCGUCGUCUCAUCACUUGUAGUCAUAUGUUCUGCGAAGAGUGUUUGUCGAAGCAGGUCAACGGGCCGUAUGCGAGGGCCCACGAUUGCCCGCUUUGCCGGAAAAAUAUAUUCGAAGGCACGGAAUGGGAGACAUACUGA